AUGGGGUAUGGAGAUCAACAUGUGACUUUACCUUUGAUUAUAGCAAGGGGAGGCAAGCCUUCCUUGCUUGGCCAAAAUUGGUUGAAAACUAUCAAGCUUAAUUGGAAAGAAAUUUUCAGUGUUCUCACAGAUUCAAAAGAAGCUACCAGUCGUCCGUCAGUCAGAGUGAAGGAGUUAAAGUCAAAGUACAGUCGUUUGUUCGAAAAAGAUGUGGAAAAAAUCAAACAUUUUAGGGCUCAGAUACACUUAGAUCAAAACGCAAAACCGAUAUUCUGUAAAGCCUGGCCAAUACCAUUCGCGCUUAAGAGAGUUUCUCGAGAAGGAACUGAACCGAUUAGAACCACAGGGAUUAUCAGCAAAGUAGACCGCAGUGACUGGGCAACGUCCAUCGUGAUAGUUCCAAAGUCUGAUAAGUCUAUACGGUUGUGUGGUGACUUCAAAGUUACUGUCAAUCAGUGUCUGGAUGAGCAGCAGUACCCACUACCAAAUGUUGACGACAUGUUUGCACAGUUAGCAGUGGGAGAACAGGUUACUAAACUUGAUCUGUCACAAGCUUAUCAACAGUUACUGUUGAACAAUGAUUCAGAACAGUACCCGACUAUCAACACCCAUCUGGGGUUGUAUCGAUAUCAAAAGUUGCCGUUUGGAGUGUCCUCAGCUCCUGCCAUUUUCCAUGCAGUCAUGGAACAGAUCUUACAGAAUUUGGAUAACAUCCUGUGUAGGAUUGAUGACAUACUCAUUACCGCUCCUACCAAGGUGAAACAUCUCGCAACAGCGGAAGAUAAGCCCUGGACAAUCAUAGCAUUCGUUUACAGGCUGACAAGUGUAAGGUCAUGGAGGAUGAGGUAG